GUGCAGCCGGAGUGUUUUCCUCACCCUUUUUAUUACCUGUCUCAGAGAGGAUUCGCUCACAUUCGCGUGCUGAGACAGACCCUCGGCGUCGGCGGACGCUCUCAGGCGUACGAGUGGAUGGCAUGGAGCGCUCGGUGGUGAAACGUGGGGAGAAGUGAAGUGAUCCACCCGCGCGCGGCGUGUGCUCGCUCUCCUUAAGAAUGACAACAAAACAAAAUGAACUCUUCCUUCCUCUGACAUUGAGAAGCGUGUGCGCGAUGUGCGUCUGAAAGAAGGCGAACCGACCGUGAGAAUUAUUAUUUCUUUUAUUUUUGCGCUGCUCUUUUAGCCCUCAAGUUGUGGGACUGGACUGCACGAGAGAGAGUUGGCGCGCGCAGUGAUGAGCGUUGCUAUGUCACCAUGAAGCUCCUGCAGUUCAUCGUUUUGUGUGGGUUUCUCUACACUCACACCGACGCAUCCCGCAUUCGUCAGGAGGACUCUCCACCUCGGAUUGUGGAGCACCCCUCAGACCUGAUUGUGUCAAAGGGCGAGCCGGCCACUCUGAACUGUAAGGCGGAGGGGCGGCCGUCCCCCACCGUGGAGUGGUAUAAGGACGGUGAGCGCGUGGAGACGGACAGGGACAAUCCUCGCUCACAUCGAAUGCUCCUGCCCAGCGGCUCACUCUUCUUCCUGCGCAUCGUACAUGGCCGACGCAGCAAACCGGAUGACGGCAGCUACGUGUGUGUGGCCAGGAACUACCUGGGAGAAGCAGUCAGCCACAAUGCCUCGCUGGAGGUGGCAUUGCUGCGGGACGAUUUCAGGCAGAACCCUCAGGAUGUGGUGGUUGCAGUAGGAGAAUCAGCAACACUGGAGUGCCAACCUCCUCGAGGCCACCCCGAGCCCACCACCUUCUGGAGAAAAGAUAAAGCUCGGCUCGACCUCAAAGACGACAGGAUUACUAUCCGGGGUGGGAAGCUGACCAUAUCCAACACCAGAAAGAGUGAUGGGGGGAUGUAUGUGUGCGUGGCAACCAACAUGGUGGGGGAGAGGGAGAGCGAAAUGGCUCAACUCUCUGUGUUUGAACGGCCCACGUUCGUGCGCAGGCCAGUGAACCAGGUGGUGCUGGUGGAUGAAAGUGUGGAGUUCAGGUGUCAGGUGGAAGGAGACCCCCCUCCUUCGCUGCGCUGGAGGAAGGAUGAGGCAGAGAUCCCCCGAGGCAGGUAUGAGAUGAAAUAUGAAAAGGACGACUUUGUCUUGAGGAUUAAGAAAGUGUCUGCCGGAGACCAGGGAAGCUUCACAUGUGUGGCGGAGAACCGUGUGGGCAAAUUGGAGGCGUCUGCUACACUGACUGUCAGGGCUCGCCCUGUUGAGGCCCCCCAGUUUGUUGUGCGACCUCGGGACCAGAUUGUGAUGCAGGGACGCACUGCCACCUUUCCAUGCGAGACCAAAGGAAAUCCACAGCCCACCGUGUUCUGGCAGCGAGAGGGCAGUCAGGAUCUGCUUUUCCCGAACCAGCCUCCUCAGGCAGGGAGCCGCUUUUUGGUGGCGCCCAAUGGUGAUCUGACCAUCACCUCGGUCCAACGCUCGGACGCAGGUUACUACAUCUGCCAGGCUCUCACUGUAGCCGGCAGCAUCCUGGCCAAGGCCCAGCUGGAGGUGUCUGAUGCUCUUAAAGACCGCCCACCACCCAUUAUUCAGCAAGGCCCAACCAAUCAGACGGUGGGUGUAGGUGGCCUAGCUCUUCUAGGCUGUCGGGCGUCUGGAGACCCAGAACCCACCAUCACUUGGCUGAAGGAUGGACUGAGUCUGCUGGGUAAAGAGCCUCGCAUGUCCCUGCUGGAGCCAGGAAGUCUGCAAAUCAAGAACACUAAGCUCUCAGACUCUGGUCUGUAUACCUGCUUGGCCACAAGCUCCAGUGGAGAGGCCUCGUGGAGUGCCUUCCUAGACAUUAGAGAGUCAGCAGAGCUCAUAGACCCCGUGUCCCACAAUACCACUGCUCUCCCAGGGCCUCCCUCCAAGCCAGAGGUCACCGAUGUCACCAAGAGCAGUGUGUCGUUGUCAUGGCGUCCAGGGCCUGAGGACGCCUCUCUUAUUUCCUCCUAUGUCAUCGAGGCCUUUGGUCAGCUGGUGAGCAAUAGCUGGCAGACUGUAGCUGACCACGUGAAGAACACGCAGUACACGGUCAAAGACCUGCGCCCCAACACUGUCUAUGUCUUCAUCAUCAGAGCAGUGAAUGCACAGGGAGUGGGAGACCCCAGCCCUAUGUCUGAGCCCGUCCGCACUCAGGACAUUAGUCCAGCCGUGCAGGGCAUUGAUCACCGGCAGGUGCAGAAGGAGCUGGGUGAGGUCAUCGUCAGCAUGCACAACCCUGUGGUGCUUAGCUCCACUUCCGUGCGGGUGACAUGGGCGGUUGAGAACCCGUCCCAGUUCAUCCAAGGCUACCGUGUUCUCUACAGGCAAACAUCCGGACUGCCCUCUCCAGGAACAUGGCAGGUCCAGGAUCUAAAGACUCCGUCAGAGCGGGACAUCACACUACAUGAUCUCAAAAAGGGGGUUGUGUAUGAGAUAAAAGUCCGGCCCUUUUUCAAUGAGUUCCAGGGAGCAGACAGUGAAUCUAUGACAGCACGCACUUUAGAAGAAGCCCCCAGCGCCCCUCCCCAGCAAGUGACUGUGCUCACAGUGGGCAACCAGAACAGCACCUCUAUCAGCAUAUCCUGGGACCCCCCACCCACAGACCACCAGAACGGCAUCAUCCAGGAAUACAAGAUAUGGUGUCUGGGAAACGAAACGCGGUUCCACGUGAAUAAGACGGUGGAUGCAGCAAUCCGCUCUGUGGUAGUUGGAGGGCUUCAGGCUGGGGUGCAGUAUCGUGUGGAGGUAGCGGCUGGCACCAGCGCAGGCACUGGGGUGAAGAGUGAGCCACAGCCCAUUGUGAUUGGUGCAGAAUUACGGGAUGUGAUGACGGGAGAUGAGGGCAACAGCAGCAUCACUGAUGUGGUGAAGCAGCCAGCCUUCAUUGCAGGCCUGGGUGGAGCCUGCUGGAUAGUGCUCAUGGGCUUCAGUGCCUGGCUGUACUGGAGGAGAAAGAAGAGGAAAGGUCUCAGCAAUUAUGCAGUCCAGUCGUUCACCUUCACCCGUGCAGGUACUGACCAUUUGUCCCGUCUCUAUCUAACUUCCAACGGGCUCGAUCCCACUAUAGGCAUGACGUUCCAGCGUGGAGACAGGGGCCUGAUGGGAAGUGGAAGUCGUCCUGGCUUGCUGAAAGCUGGUGAUCCUGGCUUCCCCUGGCUAGCCGACUCCUGGCCCUCCACCAGCCUGCCUGCCAACGGCGGCCUGGGCGCUCCAAAAGACCACAGCAACUUCGGACGUGGGGACGUGCUGCCGUCUGGAGCCGGGGAGAAGACGGGCACCAUGCUGUCGGACGGUGCCAUCUACAGCAGCAUCGACUUCACAGGCAAGACGGGCUACAGCAGCCCAGCCCGAGGCAACCAGGCCACCCCUUACGCCACCACUCAGAUCCUGCAGUCCAACAGCUUCCAUGAGCUGGCCGUGGAUCGGCCUGACCCACGAUGGAAAGCCUCACUGCGUGCCCAGCAGGAGAUGGCCAGCCUGGGCUACUCACUUACUGACAGCAGAUCCUGCGCCAAUGGAGGAAAGAAUGGCAAAAAGAAGAAGUCCAAAGGAGGCAGUAAAACAGCAAAGCCUAACGGCUCCUGCUGGGCCAAUAUGCCCCUCCCUCCCCCGCCCAUGAACCCUUUACCGGGAACAGAGAUGGACCACUAUGCACCAGAACGUCAAGCUGGAGGGUAUGAAAGUGACAGCUGGGCUCCAUCCCUCCCUGUGCAGACCUACCUACACCAGGGCAUGGAGGAUGAAUUAGAAGAGGAAGAGCGAGUGCCCACCCCACCCCUCCGUGGCGUGGCCUCCUCUCCAGCAGCACUGCCCUAUGUCCAGGGCUCCUCUACAUCACUAGGCUCCUCCCACCAUGAGGAAAUGCAGUCCAUGCUUCAGGCCCACUUGGACGAGCUCACCCGUGCCUAUCAGUAUGAGGUGGCCAAGCAGACCUGGCAUUUGAAGGGAAGCUCACACCCACCCAAGACCCCUGCCCCACCUGUGGCAUAUGUGUCCAGCACGUUAGGCUCUGACAUCCUGACCGAAGGAGAGGACGAGGAGGGAGACAGUGAAGAGUACGAGUUGUCCCGGCAGCUGUGUGGAAUAGACUACUCCCCUGGACGCAGUCUGGAAAGCAUGGAGGGAGCGAUCACAGGACACGCCUAUUCCCACCGAAUCCAGCCAACUAGUUCCGGGUCCGUAGACGGAGGGCUGCUGGGGACUCAGAGCCUGGGCCAUCAGAGGGUGUCACAUCCUCCUCACAAACAGAGGGCAGAGACGCUGGCCACCGAGCCCCGCAGGAGAGACAGCACUGCUGACGUGCGAGCUCCUGCGUCAGAGCCACUUCACAGCGUGGGCGCACGGCUGCAUACAUCCUGGGGCUCGAUGGGGUCCGAGCCCCCUGAGGAGUGCAUGGUGUCUACGCUUGAGCGGCAGCACAUGCCUCCCUGGAGCUCCAGAGGCACGCUGGGACGCGGCUCUCACCAAAGGUCCAGUACAGAGCAGCAAGACUCUGCAGGACGGGGGUCCACCAGCAUGGAGCCCAACUACGGACACCUAUAGUGCCCUGUGUGAGAGAAGCCAGACUGCUCACUGCCCACCUGAACGAAAGCAAGGACGAGAAAGAGAGAUUCAUUGUUACCCGUGCAAUGUCCAAUGAGCUUCUCCCACUGGUCUUGUAUGAGGCAAUCUUUACCUCAGAGAGAGGCAAACACUGAACUGUGAAGCUAAUGUACAGACACACAUCUCACAGUGGUCUUCAACUAGCGAUUUGCUUUUGUCUACCUUACGACGAGACGUCACAUGUCCCUCCCAUUUUGUGUCACAAAACGUGCAUCACUUGGUAAGGAAAAAAAGAAGGAUGUGUUUGUUUUGCUUGUUUUUUGGAAAGAAUGAAUCUGAAAAAUCACGAGUAUGUAAAUCCAAAUAAUAAGAGGGAUGUGUAUUUCUUGUAAAUAUUUUUUUUAUUUGAUGUUGCUUUGCUAUGCAAACCAAAAUCAGAUUUUUAGGUUUGUCUCUUAAAUGGUCUUUAUAACAUUGUGAAUGGAUAAAAUGUGGUGUCACAAUUCUUUUUUUUAUUUCAUAAAUGCUCUGAAUAUUUGCUAAGUUAUUAUUAUGAAUACUUGUUUAUUUUGCACAAAACAUCUUUGGUGAUAAGCACAAAAUCUUCAGCUCCUGCUGACGUGGAAACAGAAAGAUAUGCUACAGAUAUGCUAGAGAGUCUGCACAGCAGCCUAAAAAUAAAGAGAUUUAGGACAGAACUGUCCACAGAUACAGAUGUAUUAUUACUGGAUUGCUGCAAGGGGAUUUACGCUAGAAUGAUGGAACAGAAUGAUAUUGAAAGCAUACAGUACUUACAAAUGCCAACUGAGCAGGUCUAAUGUAAUUGCCUGUCCCUGGAGUCAGUUUUAGAGCAGAAAAUGUUCCGAUGCAGUCCUUCACGAAUGUUUCGGUCUACAGAUUAUACUUAUCAGACUAUAUAAAGAAAGCUUUUUUCACAAGGGCAUCCAGCUGGAAGAAGAUGCUGUAUAUUAGUGAGUGAAAAGAAGUGACUUUGGGAUCGAGAAAUUAAUAACACAAUGAUAAUAAUGUCACACCAGAUCGUCCUCCGUGUUACAGAGUGAAACCGUAAUAAAAGUAGCAGUUGACAGCUGCUCACGCUCGACCCCUAGCAGGUGUGUUUAACCUGUGCAAAUGGAAGCAGGUUAGAACAGGUGGACUGAAAUUUUGAUGAGGGGGAAAAAGAUUAAAGAACGGGAACAUUACCCUUGAAAUCGGUCAUUUUUUUGGCAGCGAUCCCAAUUUCGUUCCCAAUUAGCAUGGUUGUUUAAUAUUAGGCUGUUCAGAAAGCCAUUGUAAAAAAUCAAUUACUUGUCAGAUAUGUUUAAACUCGACUGCUACUCUGUAAAUGAGAGAAUUUUCAGUAAAUACUAGUGAUUCAAAAUGGAAAUAAACAUGCCACCUAUGCUCAGCUGUUGAGGAAAGCUGGGCCCAGGAGACUGUCCUCUGGUCAUCCUCAUACGCUCAUUAGUAUGACAUUUCUCUGCCAAGCUUUGAUUUUUUAUUAUUAAUUUAUUUAUUUAUCUAUUUAUUUUUGUGGAUUUGUGCAUUUUCUCCACCUGUACAGAAUCUCUAACCUGCCAGAUUUGUUCUGCCCUCAGGAAACCACAUGCACUUGCAAAAUGUGACCGUUUCUGAAACAAUGCAACAAAUAAAAUCUGUAUGUGAA